AAGAGAUAUCCUGUAUGGGGUUCACGUUUGAGCUUCAAGUGGGGAAAAGGGCCCGACAAAUGCCGAGUGCGCAAUUCAAAUUCUCGUAUACUAACAAAAAGUGCAACAUAAGAAGCAAUUUGAACAUCAAUUUCCCAGACUAGACCGUUGCCAACGGAAAUCGAAGCGUCAUUACCUGAAAACACCCCAACUUCAAUUAUUGCAAGCAGAUUAACAGCAGCACACACGUUCACAAGAAAAAGGAAGAAAGAACGAACUGUAUUCAUUUUGAGUGAAAAUCUUGAAUCUUUUUUCAGUUGUCAAGACAUGUGAGAGAAAAGGAGAAAAGGGUUGUCUUCUGGGAGGAAAUUGGAGCGGAGAAUACUAAGAAACAGAGGAAAGGAAGGGUCAUUUUGUGAAGCUGAAAUCAAUGGCGUUUUCACCUGAGAAAGAGAACCAAAACUCGUUGUGGUUCAAGAACAAGAAAGCUUUGAACAAUGUUCUCUUCACAAUGCGCCUCCACUCUUCAACUCCUAAACAAAAGCAGCCUAUGAAUCAAACAGAAAGAAUAGCUCUAUCUGUUGUUGCCUCGCAGCCCACUAGCAAAAUCCAAGAUUUCACUCUCACAAAUCUUGUUUCCGACAAAACUUCACUUCUUUCAGAUGAAAUCUUGCUCAAGAUUAUGUCGAAACUCCCAAAACCUCAGAGGAAUGCCAAUUUUCUUGUUUCCAAACGUUGGCUCAAUCUGCAAGGCAGGCUUGUGAGGUCCAUAAGGGUUCUUGAUUGGGAUUUUCUGAUUUCGGGUAGAUUGUUUCUGAGGUUUCCUAAUCUGGUUCAUGUUGAUUUGGUUAAUGGGUGCUUGGUUUUCCCCCGGAAUUCAGGUAUCUCUUGCAUUAACAAGAUUGUCUCUUUUCAUGUUGGCUCUGAGGUUGAGUCUAAAGACUGGUUUUUUAAUGAGAACUUUGUGUUGAAUGCUGAUGAAAUUGACAAGGGUUUGAGGGUUUUAGCUGGUGGGUAUCCGAAUUUGAGGAAGUUAGUGGUGAUCAAUGCUAGUGAAAUGGGGCUUCUGAGUGUGGCUGACGAGUGCCCCACAUUGCAAGAACUGGAGCUGCAUAUGUGCAAUGAUGAGGUCUUGAGAGGAAUUGCAGCCUGCCAGAAUUUACAGAUUUUGAAGUUGAGUGGGAUUGUUGAUGGAGUUUAUGGCUCUUUGGUUUCGGAUGUUGGAUUGACUAUUUUAGCUCAGGGAUGUAAGAGAUUAGUGAAACUUGAAUUGAAUGGAUGUAAAGGGAGUUACGAGGGGAUUAAGGCUAUAGGCCAGUGCUGUCAAAUGCUUGAGGAGUUAACCCUUUGCAACCACAAAAUGGAGGACGGUUGGUUGUUGGCUCUUUCUUACUGUCAAAACUUGAAGACGUUAAGGUUUUCGUCGUGUAAGAGAAUCGAUGGAACUUCUCUGCUGGAUAAGGAGUUGGGAUCUUGUCCGGCUGUCGAAAGCUUACAUUUGGAGAAGUGUCAGUUGAGGGAUAAAAGGAGUUUUUGUGCAUUGUUUCAAGUCUGCCGAAAUGUGAGGGAGUUAGUUCUGCACAAUUGCUGGGGUCUUACUGAUGAUGUGUUCGGCACUGCAAGUGUUCUCAGGAGAGUAAGGUCUCUUUCUUUAGAAGGGUGCUCAUUGCUGACAACACACGGCCUGGAGUCCGUACUUAUUUCCUGCAACAAGCUUCAGAGCCUCAGAGUGAAAUCGUGCAACAACAUAAACGAAGAUGAAAUCGGUCCUGCACUAUCUACUGUGUUUUCAGCUCUUAAAGACUUGAAAUGGGAGCCGGAUAGAAAAUCUCGUCUCUCAGCCACUCUUGCAGGAACCGGCAUGGGAAAGAGAGGCAGUAAGUUCUUAAAGAGGACGUGCGACUGGAAAUCUUUGCCAGGCUCUUAGAACUUCAGGUUGUUGAAACGAUAAGGUUUCUUGAUCGACCAUAUGAGAUUUCUUCCGAAGCUGAUGGAGGAGGUUUCUGAUCCUCAUUUACAUAAUAAUGAUAAAUGUUUGAAGCUAUUUAGGUUUCUUCAUAAGAUAGAGCAAUAGUUCAUUGAUCUUUGACUUGUACUGCUUGUUACACAUAGUGUUGUAAGAACAGAGUUUCAUCCGAAGUUCAAAGUUCCGCCACUCUCAAAAUUUCACGGGAAAUUAGUUUGUUUAGACCUGAAUCAGUUAUAUGGUAAGAACAAUACAUAUAAUUGGAGUAUCAUAUGACAAGUUCAUGACACUUG